GAUUGUUCCAAAACACACGUGACUGGCUCCUAAAAGUGAUCAGAAAAUGAUCAGGAAGUUCUGCCAUGGCUUGUGGGACACCGAUACAGUGACGAAGGAGUAAUUGUAGCAGCGCUUUAGCUUCAGGACAUCUCGUAGCUUCUGUCUGCUUCCUCUAAAGGUGAAAUGAUGUUGCCGCCAUCGCUUGUUUUAGCUCUUUUUCUCAGCGCAGCUGAUGUGGUCUUUUGCACAGGAACCACUGGAUGUGUUGCCAGAAACUUUGGCCAUGACUCUGUGGUGUGUGAAUGUAAUUCCACUUACUGUGACAGUGUUGGUCCAGUCAUGGUUCCACCUCUGGGUCAGUACUCCACCUACCUGAGCAGCAGAGCGGGCAGCAGGAUGGAGGCAGGCCAGGGUCAGGUCCAGGUCAACAGCAGUGGAGCAGGUCUCAGGCUGACGAUUGUUCCCUACCAGAAGUAUCAGAAGAUUAGGGGAUUCGGAGGAGCCAUGACCGAUGCAGCAGCCAUCAAUAUACUUUCUCUUUCUGCUGGUGCACAAGACCAGCUACUGCGUCAGUACUUCUCUAAAGAAGGUAUCGGCUAUAGCGUUGUGCGUGUCCCCAUGGCCAGCUGUGACUUCUCCACUCGUCUGUACACAUACGCUGACUCACCUUCGGACUAUGAACUGAAAAACUUUGCUUUAGCCCCUGAGGACGUGAACAUGAAGAUCCCUCUGCUGCUGCGUGCCCAGGCCUUGUCUCCUCGCCCCCUUUCCCUGCUGGGCAGUGCUUGGAGCGCCCCCGCCUGGAUGAAAACUAAUGGUGAACUAAUAGGAAAGGGUUCCCUGAAGGGCCAGCCGGGAGGCAAGGAGCAUAAAACAUGGGCUCAGUACUAUGUCAGGUUCCUUGAGGAAUAUGCCAAGUAUAACCUAACCUUCUGGGCACUGACUACAGGAAAUGAGCCCUCUGCAGGACAAAUGGCAAACUACAGCUUCCAGGCUCUUGGCUUUACUCCUGAGGAGCAGAGGGACUGGGUGGCUCUGGACUUGGGCCCGGCACUGCAGUCCUCAUCACACCAACAUACACACAUCCUGAUACUGGAUGACAACCGCCUGCUGCUGCCCCACUGGGCUAAAGUGGUUCUCAGUGAUGUUCAUGCAGCACGAUACAUUCAUGGCGUGGCAGUGCACUGGUACGCAGACGGUCUGGUCCCUGCAGAGAUUAGCCUGGGAGCCACUAAUCAACUCUACCCAGAGUACUAUCUGUUUGGCACGGAGGCCUGCGCUGGCUGGACACCACUGAACCGAGGAGUGAAGCUGGGAAGCUGGGACAGGGCAGAACAGUACGCUCAUGACAUUAUAGAGGACUUAAAUCACUAUGUUGUUGGCUGGACUGACUGGAACUUGGCGCUGAACCCGACUGGCGGACCAAACUGGGUCAAGAACUUUGUAGACAGCCCCGUCAUUGUGGAUGCUGAGCGGGACGUCUUUUACAAGCAGCCAACUUUCUACAGCAUGGCCCACUUUAGUACGUUCCUGUGGGAGGGAUCACAGAGGGUGGGGGUGGCUGCUAGCAUGAAGACUCAGCUGGAGUUCUCCGCCUUCAUCAGACCAGACGGCUCUGUGGUGCUGAUUGUUCUCAACAGGUCAUCUUCUACCAUCUCGUUUGAGGUCUGGGAUCCUGCUGUGGGUUACAUUCCCUGCACUGCUCGAGGCCACUCACUGCUCACCGUUGCUUGGAAAACGCACUGAGAUUUAAGAAUAUUUACACUCCCAACAUUUCUCUGAUCACUGGUUUCACAAUCAUUUCUAAAUCACAUUACACUUCCAGCUUCUCAUUACCCAGACUGAUACUUUUCAUUAGUUUGCAGCUCUUUAAGUCUACCUUUUUGGCCAGAAACGAUAUUCUUAAGUGGAUACAUUUAAUACCUUAUGUUCUAUUUUUACCAAGUGACCAUCCCUGUACCAUCCCAAGCAAUUUUCACAUAGGGAGUAAAAAAACAGCAGCCAACACAGAUGGAAAAGGAGUAAAAUGUGGGUCCGUUAAGGGUCCUAUAUGCAUUCCACACCUGAGGCUUAACUGGUUUUGCUCACAGAAGUGAAACCCAUAUAUGCAACCCCCAUGGAUACGAAUAUAGGCCGGGACCUUGAUUGUUUAAUUGCUUUGGAGUCUUUCAACAGUCUAUGCCUGCUGUUGGUCGAUUAGUUGGGGUUUAAAAUGAUCAGUUUCAAAUUCAAAAGUGGGCUUAUCAGUCCGUUACAGAUCUACAAACAACUGUGCAGUCUAGCUAAAAGCUUCACACCCACAGCGGACACCGUUCUCAUUUAUCUGAUAGGUUAAGGUUUGUUAAAGGUACAGUGGAGGAUGUUCUUUUUCCCGGGUGGAUCAUCAAAAUAAGCAUCCUUAUUGUCAAUCAUUGUGGUGAUAUGUUUACGUAAGGUGUUCUACGUGCUCCUCCCCAUUUUCACUUACCGGUGGUGAGGACGACGUGGGAAAAUUGCAAAUCUUCUAAUGGAAAAUAAGCUUGUAUGAGCGAUGCAAACAGCAUCUUUCAAACAGCGCAUGCACAAGGGGAAAUGGUCUCGUGCACGCUUUCACGUGUUUAAUGAGCAUUUCUUUUCGGGAGCGGGUACAGGGUUGUGCAUGUGCAAGUGGAGAGGGCGGGUCUUUUCAAAUAUUCGUGAAAAUCCUCCACUAUAACUUUAAGCUCUCCAAAGUUGGGUUUCAGUCUAAAUGAGCUUUGUCCUUUGAUGCUUAAAACCAACGAAAGUCCUUGGCCGCUUACUGAACAAGCCUUCCCAACCCCUGAAAAUGUUGUAUUACUACCUCUGAAAAGCAGAUGAGUAUAAGGGGAAAAAAUGAAGUAUUAAGAUCCUCUGCACUGAUAUGCUAUUUUAUUUUGCAGACUAUUUCACUGCAAAUGUGAGGGUAUGAAACAAUAACAGUAGCUCAACUGGCAUGUAGCCUUCAUCUGUCCCUACAUUUCACACCCGUUUGGUUUAUCUGCUGGUGAUUGGAAAGGAAGCAGACCCAAUACCAGCUUCUGAUUUUACAUUUAGAUGGUUUUCUUCCCCCUUAUUAUUUAAAAAUCUUAUUUCAGUUAAGUUUAUGUGAUAUUUUCAACAAUUCUAAUCCAUAACAACUGGAAAUGAUUUAUUCAUCAGAUUAACUUGAACUGAAUUACCACUGGAGCUUUGACGCCACUGAAGGACUGAUUUUUUUCUUUAAUGAACAGAGCUUGUAAAAGCCUCUCUGUAGUAUUAAAAUGAUCAAGUUUUAUUGUAAAUAAAGCGCAUUUUUUCAAAAUCUUCAUCAACUAUUAAAUGCACUGUUAACAAGCAA